UGCUUGCCACCUGUACAACCCAAUCCAAGCAUGUUAGAUCAAGCUUUGCAUAUACACAGCAUAGAUUGUUAUAUAUAUACAAAGAACUAUAUGUUGGUUACAUUCAUAUAGUUCCUUUUUUUAAUUUUUGCACAAAUGGGUUUGGUUUUUCUGGGCACGUUUGGUAUUAUGUGGGUACUAAUAGUUUUGAUUCAUUUCAGUGGACACAGUGGUGGUUGCUUGGAAGGAGAGAGGAGGGGUCUAUUGGAAUUCAAGGACUUCCUCAAAUCCAACGGUGCUGAUGCAGACCGUAUCCUCCCUACCUGGGUUGAGAAACCAGCAGAUCAUCAUCUGAAUGAGUGCUGUGAUUGGGAGAGAGUCACAUGCGAUCCCACCACAGGGCACGUGACUGAGCUCUCUCUGCAUAAUAUAAGAGAUAUAUCAGGCGAUGAAUAUUUUUACAGAUCUAGUGGAUUUUUCGGAUCUGAAGUAGAUUUCAAAGAAUACCACCAAAACAGAAUUUGGUUCAUAAAUGUCUCUGUCUUCCUUCCUUUCGAAGAGCUCCGAAACCUCAACUUGUCUUAUAAUUUAUUUAGUGGUUGGAUUGACAAUCAAGGAUUUGAAGGGUUGUCAAGUUUGAGGAAGCUGGAGAAGUUGGAUCUUGGUUCUAAUCUCUUCAAUGACAGUAAUAUAUUUCGAUAUUUGGGUGCUCUUGCUAAGUAA